AUGGCCACAGAAUCCCAGCCUACCGACUCCAAGUACGACCAGUACGACUUCCCCACCACCGCUCCGGAAGCGCAGCCUGGCCACCCCGGCCACACCUCCCCCGAACAGGAUGCAAAGGUGCACCAGCUCCGCGCUGAGCUCGAAAAGCUCGGCUACACCGAGCGUUUGGAUACGCUGACUCUCCUGCGGUUCCUGCGUGCCCGCAAGUUUGAUGUCGAGGCUGCCAAGGCUAUGUUCACUGCAAGCGAGGCAUGGCGCAAGGAGUUCGGCACCGAUGAUCUGGCUCGCAACUUCGAGUACCCCGAAAAGGAGGAGGUCUUCAAGUUCUACCCUCAGUACUACCACAAGACGGACAAGGAUGGUCGCCCCGUCUACAUCGAGAAGCUGGGUAAGAUCGACCUGAACCAGAUGUACAAGAUCACCACUGCCGACCGCAUGUUGAAGAACCUGGUGUGCGAGUAUGAGAAGCUGGCCGACCCCCGCCUGCCUGCUUGCUCGCGCAAGGCCGGCAAGCUGCUUGAGACCUGUUGCACCGUCAUGGACCUGAAGGGCGUGGGCAUCACCAGUGUGCCGUCCGUCUACGGCUACGUCAAGCAGGCCUCCGACAUCUCGCAGAACCACUACCCCGAGCGUCUCGGCAAGCUUUACUUGAUCAACGCGCCAUGGGGCUUUAGCAGCGUCUUUAGCGCCGUCAAGGGCUUCCUUGACCCCGUUACCGUCAGCAAGAUCCACGUCCUCGGCAGCGGAUACCAGAAGGAGCUUCUGUCCCAGGUCCCCGCUGAGAACUUGCCCGUCGAGUUCGGUGGCUCUUGCAAGUGUGAGGGUGGCUGUGAGCUCUCCGACAUGGGCCCCUGGCAGGAGGCUGAGUGGGCCCGUCCCCCCUAA